GUGUUCACGUCCUCAUUUUUUCGUCUCCUGUGAGGCUGGAACAGACUUGCGUAAAUCAUUGAGCAAUCUCCUUUUGCCUGUGAAAUCCACAGCUCUCUUCUGUCUGUGUGUGCGUUUGUGUGUAAUAGUUUCAGUCUCCAGUUUCUACGUCUGUUCGGCGGUUCACGGUGAUGAAGAAAAAAUGCAUGUAAUAAACCAAAUCUGUGUGGUACUUUUGUGGAUGCAUGCGCUGACCUUCGCGCAGGUUCCAGACUGUACACUUGAACAGUUUAUAAACGGACCCCAGUUCAAUUCAAAUUUUGACACAACCGGGCUUCAGCCCAGCUACCCUGCUGGAAAACAAAUUAGAGUGGGCUGCAAUGUAGGCUACAGUGGCUUUUUCAGACUGACCUGUGUCGAGGGAGGUUGGGUGUCUAAGGGCACUGUAUGUCAACCUAAAUCAUGCGGUCAUCCCGGCGAUGCCCAGUUUGCAGAUUUUAAUCUGGAAGUAGGAGACGAUUUUGUCUUUGGGUCAAAAGUUGUAUACACCUGCCACAAAGGUUAUCAAAUGGUCAGUCGCACAAACCAUCGGAAUUGCAUGAAUGAAGGCUGGGAUGGUGUGGUUCCUGUCUGUGAAGCCCAACAGUGCCCAGUGAUUCAUGUGGACAGUAAUGUCCAGGUGAAUGGAGACCCCGAGGAAGCGACCUAUGGCAAUGUAGUCCGGUUCAGCUGCAAGUCCAAAAGUGAAAUCCUGUCAAAUCCUAGAUUAGCAGAGUUGUACUGUGAUGAAAAUGGAGAGUGGAGUGGCCAACCUCCAAAAUGCAUAGAGAUUAAAUGUACAGCGCCUCAGAUUGAAAAUGGUUAUGUGACUGAUCGCAAUAUCCAAGAGUACAAAGAACAUGAUGUCCUGCUCUUUGAGUGUAAUGAUCGAUAUAAACGCACUGAAGAAAGAGCCGCAAAAUGCACAAGAGUAGGAAUGAGAGCAGAGUGGACCCCCACACCUGCGUGUGAACAAAUAACAUGCAACAAAAAGAAUUUGCGAGAGGCAGAUAUUGUUGACAAUAACAAGCGGAAAUACAGAUACAAUGAAAAGGUCGAUUAUCGCUGCAAGGAUGGUAAACGAGAACGAUUCACUCUAACCUGUGGAGAAGAUGGUUGGAUCGGGAGUUCACCGUGUACAGAAAUAACAUGCAACAGAAAGACUUUGCCAGACGCAGAUAUUGUUGACAAUGACAAGCCGACAUACCGCCACGAUGAACAGGUCGGUUAUCGCUGCAAGGAUGGUAAACGAGAACAAUUCACUCUAACCUGUGGAGUAAAUGGUUGGAUCGGGAGGUCACCGUGUACAGCUACUUGCCAAAAGCCUGAAGUUCUAAAUGGAUUUGCAGUUGGCCCAUACAACAACACAACAAUAUACUACACCUGUAAUGAAGGUUUUAAGUUUUUCACCAACAAAGGCUGGUGGGCUGAGGCCAAAUGUAAUGACAUACUUCAGCGAUGCAUUGAGAACGCAAAGUGUGGAGAAACUCCUGUGAUUCCAAAUGGGAAAUCGGUUCUUCUACAAAGGCAAAGCCAAACGCCAAUCCAAGCUGAGGUUAUUUGUGACACAGGAUACAGCUCUCAGAUUAAACACUAUAAUUGUAACAGGGGGAAAUGGGUUCCAAAUGGAAAUUCAACUAAAGCUGUUUGUAAACCAACUGCCAAUCUCUGCAAACCCCCACCUAAAGUUGAGAAUGCAGUUGUCCGGGCAUCUUAUCAGAAGGAAUACUUGUCUAACUCUACAGUAACGUAUCUGUGCCGGGAUGGCUAUGGUAUGGAGGGAGAAGACACGAUUCAAUGCAUUAAUGGGAAAUGGGAGGAGAAGAUCAUAACAUGCACACAAAUAACAUGCAACAGAAAGACUUUGCGAGAGGCAGAUAUUGUUGACAAUAACAAGCGGAAAUACAGAUACAAUGAACAGGUCGGUUAUCGCUGCAAGGAUGGUAAUCAAGAACGAUUCACUCUAACCUGUGGAGAAGAUGGUUGGAUCGGGAGGUCACCGUGUACAGAGAGUGUAGGCUGUGGGAGUCCACCACCUCUCACAGAUGGAGACAUCAAGUACACCUUGAAAAGUAAUUACAGCCACAAAGAAAGGGUUGAAUUCAUGUGUCAAAGUUACUUCACCAUGGAGGGUGAGCCUAACAGAACCUGCAUCAACGGUAAAUGGAUCGGACAGAUGAGAUGCCUCAAACCCUGUAUUGUGAAUGAAGACGUCUAUAAAGAACAUAAUAUUACUUUAAAAUCUAAUGACAGGACAUUUUUCACUCAUGAUGAAAUGAUUGAGUUCAAGUGUGCCAGAGGAAUACCAGUUGGUGCAGUGGCAAUGCGGCAGAGGUGUAAUGGUGGUGAGAUUCUCCUGCCUACCUGCCAGUGAGAUUCCUCUAAAAGUAAACGUUG